AUGUCUGCCAACCUUGACAAGUCUCUUGACGAUCUGGUCGGCAGCCGCCGCCAGACCCGUCGCCGCGCCGGUUCUCGCCGCGCUGCUGCUAAGAAGACCUCCGUUGGAGGCGUCAAGAAGUCUACUAAGGCCACACCCAAGCCUGCUCACCCCGCUCCUGUUGCCCACUCUGCUUCCAGCAAGAUUCUCGUCAGUGGACUGCCUUCCGAUGUUUCCGAGGGCAAUGUCAAGGAAUACUUCACCAAGUCCGCAGGCCCCGUUCGACGUGUCAUGCUCACCUACAACCAAAACGGCACCAGCCGUGGUAUUGCCUCGAUCACUUUCAUCAAGCCCGACACUGCUGCCAAGGCUGCUAAGGAGCUCAAUGGGCUCCUCGUCGAUGGUCGUCCCAUGAAGAUCGAAGUUGUCUUCGACGCUUCUCACGCCCCGGCUGCCCCAGUCGCUAAGCCUCUCACCGAGCGCAUUGCUCAGAAGGCGCGUCCCAAGUCCGCUGCCGCCCCUGCCAAGGCCAAGAAGGACACCAAGAACACUGCUACUGCCGAAAAGGGUUCUCGCCGUGGCAACCGCGCCGCCGGUGCUCGCGGUCGUAACCCCGGCCGCGGAAAGCCCAAGACCGUUGAGGAGCUCGACGCUGAGAUGGUUGACUACUUUGCUACCGACGCACCUCCCGCCGAGGCUGCUCCCGUCAACGGCAAUGUCGCUCAGGCCACCGACAACCAGGACGUUGGCAUGAACGAUGAAAUUCUCUGA